ACAGCAAGCAAGGCUCAAAUGGCUGCAGCACUAUUCCCUUCAAUCUGAUUCCAUGCCUCAUUUUCUUGGUUUCUUUGAUAAUGGAGAUACUGUUCAUUCGAAGAGACGGCCUGGAAAGUUUCUGGGUAGUAGUGAUUUGGAGAAAUAUGGUGAUUUUUUUUUUAAAAUAAUUUGCUCAUAGUUUGUUGCUAAUGAUAAGAUUGGUUUUGUGAGAACAGAUGUAGCAGCGCUUUCUAUUGAGAUUGAUCAUUGUCUUCCAAAGACUUCCUGCCGCCAAGUUGGGAUUGAACUUGAAGAGGCAGCAAAGAUGGAGGAUGGAGCCUUGAUGGAGAAGAUGCAAUCCAGCCACGAAAGAGUUUGUUCAAAUAAGAGAAAAGCAGAGCAUUUUGCAGCAGAAGAAUUUAGAGGACAAGUGGAAGUGCAGUCCAAGGUCAAGGAGAAAACCAGUACAGAAAUUUCAGCAGAUUCUUGGAAGGAAAAUCACAAGACUUCAGAGGUUCGAAAUCCAGAUUACAAUCAUGUACGGGCGCGUCGUGGCAAGGCAACUGACAGUCACAGCUUAGCAGAAAGAGCCAGGAGGGAAAAAAUAAGUAAGAAAAUGAAGUGUCUACAAGAACUGGUUCCUGGAUGCAACAAAAUUACUGGCGGGGCUGGAUUGCUUGAUGAAGUCAUCAAUUAUGUUCAAUCUCUUCAAGGACAAGUUGAGUUCUUAUCAAUGAAACUUGCAACUCUGGCUCCAAGGCAAGGAUUGAAUGGUGACAACUUUUCUGGGAAAGAGUUUCCUGCUUACGUCGCAAGUUUUCAGACGGCCACAAUAUCAUCAGGAUUUAUCAAUUUGUCACAGCUUGAACAUAAUUUAGUGCAACAAGAUGCAGGAGCAGAUAAUCCUACUCAAGCUGCGCCUGAAAGAAUUACAAAAAGCUCCUCAGGGUUCAUCCCUGAACCAUGCCUCGACUCAUCUUGCUUCUCUCAAGCUCAACCCUUCUUGGAUCCUGACUCCCAAAUCCUGCACAAUGUAGGAUUUCACCAAGGUUGAUCAAAAUGCUUUUCUUCUCCAACAUUUAUUGCUACCACUAGCAUUGAUAAUUUAUGUACAUAAUUCAUGUCAGAUCGUGUUUAGAGUGUAAUUGAGUCAAGCUGUAAUAAUAAUGUAUUUUUAUCCGCAAA